CAUGCUUGUUUUUCUUCAAAUUUUUGAUCAGGUCUUCCAGAAUCAGCACCAAAACCCUUCUCUUGUAAGGACUGGCUAUUAAAUCAAUCGGAUUUUAAUUCGAUCUGCCCUCAGCGUGCAUCUGGAUUCACCACAUUUUUCACAUGGAACUCGCCAAAUCAACCCUGAACCAGACAGUCAAGUCGCCUAAGAACAUCUUCAUUCUAUCAGGCCAAAGCAACAUGGCUGGUCGUGGUGGAGUAGACAGGAACAAACACUGGGAUGGCAUAGUUCCUCCUGAAUGUGGUCCCGACUCAUCCAAAGUCUUCCGUUUUAGUGCACAGCUACGCUGGGAACCGGCUUGUGAGCCACUGCAUCGUGACAUUGACACCAAGAAGAUGUGUGGUGUUGGACCGGGAAUGUCAUUUUCCAAUGCUGUGAAGGAUAGUGUGGGUGCAAUUGGGCUAGUUCCCUGUGCUGUGGGUGGAACUGCAAUUAAGGAGUGGGCUCGCGGGGAAGAUUUGUACGAGAGCAUGGUUAGGAGAGCAAAAGCUGCCAUUUGUGGAGAUGGCUGUGACAUCAAGGCAUUACUGUGGUAUCAAGGAGAGAGCGACACAUUGUCGAAACAUGAUGCUGAGAGUUACAAAGCUAAUAUGGACACACUAAUACACAACAUCCGCAGCGAUUUGAACAUUCCAUCUUUGCCAAUUAUUCAGGUUGCUAUCGCAUCAGGGGAUGAAAAAUACAUUGAUGAAAUAAGAACAGCACAAAAGAAGAUUGACCUUCCAAAUGUUGUGUCCGUUGAUGCCUUAGGAUUGCAGCUCAAGGAUGAUAAACUCCAUUUGACCACAGAAGCCCAGGUUCAACUUGGCAAAAUGUUGGCUGAAGCAUACCUUACCAAUUUUGCACCAAAUAUUUCUUCUUCUGCUGAUCUUUGAGCCAUGAGCAUUUUAAUUGGCUUAGAAAUUGCUCCCCAACACAAACUCUCCCGGGGUAUUUUCGUAAUGCCAAGUUACACUAAGCACGCAUGAUAAGGCCCAUGGCCCAAGAACCCAACACCGGUUUUUAGGUUUGCUCUUUGUAUGGAUCAAAUAACGUAGAUAACGGGGAAUGGAUUAUGUGAUGUAAUAAACAACUACUCCCUAUUAGAGAUCACAAAUAUUUAUGUUUGAUUUCGAGCUCUAGGUUGUCAUGACAUUGUGACAAGGACUGGCGCACGGUCACCAAGUCUGAGUUACGUCCCAGAAGACAUGGCUUUACAAUCUUCUAUCCUACUACAGCGAGGGCAAGAUCUGCUUAAUUUGCACUCUGUAUUAUAAAUAUACAUGGGGAUGCGAG